AUCGCGCGGUUCCCUGGAUGAAGGAGCCGACCGAGGUUCCCCCCCGUCUGUCGGGUAGGCCACUGCGGUUCUGGCCGGGUCAGCUCCGAAGCAGCGAACCUCAGCGAUCAAGGGCCAGCACACAGGUGGCCUUCCGGGCUGCAGGCGCACACUGCUGGCUCACGUCCAGCUUCUCGUCCCCCAGGACCCCCAAGUCCUUCUCCGCAGGGCUGCUCUCAGGGAGAUCUUCCCCCAGUCUGUACAAACCCCUGGGAUUGCCCCGACCCAAUGCAGCACCCUGCACUUGGCCUUGUUGAACCUCAUUAGGUUCUCCUGGGCCCAUCCGCAGACUUGCUGAGGCUGCACUCGAUGCCAUCAUCUGUCACUGAUGGAGAUGUUGAAGAGCACCGGUGCCAAGACCGACCCCUGAGGGACACCGCUUGUGACCGCCCCCACUCUGACACAGACCCAUUGAUCACAACCCUUUGGCUGCGUCCAGCCAGCCGAUUCCUAAUCCACUGAGCAGUCCAUCCUUCAAAUCCACACCUCUGCAAUGCAGAGAGCAGGAUGUGGUGGGGGACCGUGUCAAAGGCCUUGCAGCAGUCCAGGUAGAUGACAUCCACCGGCCUUUCCCCAUCCACCGAAGCUGUCACUCCAUCACAGAACGCCACCAGAUUGGUCAGGCACGAUCUGCCCUUGGUGAAGCCAUGCUGGCUGUCUUGGAUCACCUCCUUGUGAUCUGAGCCCAAGAUAAUCCUGAUCAGCCCAAGACAAUUCCUCUUCACUCAAACAGCCCCAGCAAAAAGUUGGGCACCUCUGCUCUACAACUUUCCACAUCAUUACUGCCACUGAGCUGGCGUAUUCAAGAGUGCACUCUAUACAAAUGUUCCGCACUGCUCAUUCUCUCAGGUUCUGGAUACCUCUCUCCAUAGUGUUCCAGUUGACUGGCUGGCUUAUAAUGUCUUCGAGAGACAUCCAGGGGCUCAGUCCCAGCCAGCAUGGGUUCAUGAAAUAUGGAUCCUGCCUGAUCAACUUCUCCUUCCAUGACUGAGUGACCCACCUGGUUGAAGAAGGAAAGACUGUUGGUAUAGCUGGACUUCAGCAUAUCUUUGACACUGUCUUCCACAACAUUAUCCUGGGGAAGCUGCAGUCCAUGGCUUGGACAGUUGGUGGGAACUUCACCUGACUGCAACGACCUUUCAAGUAUGAUGGAUGCCAUCUUGGCAGCUUCAUCCACCAGUUCUCUCAAGACCCGUCUGUCAUGGUUUUUGGCCCAGUUCAGCCUGAUUCUGUGACUAAUGGGGCAGAGCAACUCACAGACCCACACCCUGGGAGAGGUGAAAGGGUAAAAGGAGAAAGGUGGGGAGGUGGGCCUGAAAACAAAAGAGCGGCAACGAACUAAGGGAAAAAACUAAUUUACUAAAUAUGACAGUGGAAUGUGAGAUAACACAAUAUAAUACAAUACAACUGGAAUUGAAGCUAAUAAAUCAAAUAAAAUGAGAGAGUGUCCAAAACCAAAGGCCUUACUCUAAUGCUGAAGGUGAGAUGGCCACAGUGCACACACUGCAGAGAUGAGCAGUCAUGACUUGCAAGCGGUUUUAUCUUUCCCUCUGAAUGGAAAAGGGAAAUGGAACAGUGAAAGUCUCCUGGGAAAUGCAGUUUUUCUCCUCUGAGAACCAGGUACCUGGAAAUACCGACAGUCCGUGGAACUGGAUCAUGAAGCCCUUAACUCCCGGUGCACUACGUGAUGUCAUGAUGUGGAAGACCAAUUACAAAAAUCAUAAAACCAUGACACCAUGGAUGGAUCUUUUUUCACAGAAAUUGCAGCUCAGUCAAGUAGGUAUUGGAUUUUUUCUGACUCUUGUGAUGUCUGCCUGUUCUUCUUGUUCUCUUCCUCUACCGUGUGGAUGGCCCUGCCUUGUAGUAGCUUUCCUCAUCCUCUUCUUCCUUCCUGAUAGGAGUUUCUUCCCUUACCAAGCAAGCUGAUUUAUGCAUACUUUCUUUCUGUUGGGCACAGGGCAAUGAGUAUUAGCAUGGAUUCAUUCUCUGGUUCAGCCACUGGGCCUGUGACAGGAGACAGGCCAUCCCCAGGGCCUGUCACAUGAAUUGAAUUGGAUUCAGAGGUGUUUUCUUCCUUUUAAGGGUGCUGAGUUGCCUCGAAUAAGACUUGACAGGCACAUGCCCAUCCCCAGCACUGUACAAAGUUGUAAAUCCCUAGCAUUUCCAGGAUCGGCCAUAGCUUUUGAAAACAUCCUAUUGGAUUUUUAGGAUUCCAUACUUGUACUGGGAUGAAUUUGAAACCUAUCGGAGGUGACAGUUGGGAUAUAUAAUUGCUCAUAUCCUCCCCCACACCUUGCCAUUUGUAACCAUCCUGCCUCACAGCAUAUCUCUAGGCUGUAUUUUUUAAUUGCUCUUUAACUAUAGAUAAAACUGGAAGCAUGUGCAGGAGGCGCAGCAGUAGUUUCACGCUAGCUUGCACAUCCCAACUGUAUUCUCUGUUCUUGAUUGGUGUAACAUGAGCACACGCUGAAUACAAAUUGGAAAUACUAUAAAAAAGCUUCGGCCAGCCCUCAGCAAUGAUAAACAAACAAAAAAAAAAAAAAAAAAAAGAAUUCAGAAAUACAACCUUGAAAGCAAAGAAAACCUCACCAAGAAUGAAAGAAUCUGCAUUCUGACCAGCCAUAUUGAUCAGGGAAUCAUGGAAGCACAGUAUGGCUUGGGUUGGAAGAGGUCUCAGAGAUCACCAAGUUCUAUCCCUGCAUCUGCAGGCAGGGCUGCCAACCGGUACACUAGAUCAGGUUGCACAGGUCCCAACUAACCUGGCUUUGAACACCUCCUACAUUGCUUAUAACAAAUUUGUUUUGACAUGCUCUGGUCAUUUCUGUCAUGCUUUCAACACUUUGGGCUCCUUGCUGGACAUCAACAAGACUGUGGAAGUUGAGCCUGGCAGGCAGCUGAGUGCCACAAAGCAGUUUGCUCACUCCUGCCUCAGAUGGAUGGAGACAAGAAAAAGAAAAAGGAAAAACUCAUGGCUUCAGACACAGUUCAAUUGCACAGAAAAGCAGGGAAUUAUGCUGAAAAUAAUUAUAAUAAUAGAAUAUGCAGAACAAGUGAUGCACAAAGCAGUUGCUGAGAAUGAGGUGACUGAUGCCCAGAGAGUUCUGGAGCAGUGAUUCUCCAACCAGCAAGUUCCACUACAUUCAUUGUUCAGCAUGUCACCACAUGGUAUGGAAGAUCCCUUUUGGGCACUUUAAGUCAGCUUUGCCAGUUCUGUCCCCACCAAAUAAAAAGGGACAAAGAAUGCGGGCUCCUUUCUUCCCUUCCAAUACAGGUGUCAAUAGCGAGAAUAAAAAAGGAACACUAGUAUUCACUCUUCACUGCCUCAAUUAUAGCACUGGUGGAAAUGUAGAACAAAAUGUGUUCAAGGACACAUCCAAUGGGGAAACCCCGGAAAUUGAAAAUGACCUACCCUCCAUUUCUCAGUUCACAUCCCAGGAUGAGGAUUUCCUCCAACCCCUUACAAAGUGAUUGCUUUAAAACAAUCUAGUAAAAGUCUUUGUGACAUCCAGGUGUGUUACGUCAAUAGGAUCCCUCAAGCUGGAGCCACCCUUGGAGAAGACUCACUGCCAUAGGAUUUCCCAUUGCAGCAUCACGGCUGACUCUGUGGGAGACAGAAUCCAUACAUGUAUUAUCAUUUGCUUCUUCACACUAAUCUCUCUCAAAAUCUGUGCCACACCAACAGGAGCAGAAAUCACGCACACAGGUCAGGAGGUCUCGGGGAGAAUCCCAUGCAGGAUUGUUAAGCCAUAGACUGGGUUGGCUGCACUUUCUUUGGACCCCAGCUGACUCCAGGAGGGAAUGGAAAGUCCUCAAUUCACAUGCAAAAGGCAGAAAAAAGGGAAUGAUUUCAAUAUGGAGAGAGAUGGAGGGGAGGGAAAGGUGGGAGGAUGGGUUGUACACUGGUGGGGAGAGGACAGGGAGUUGCAGGAGCACCCAUAUGGCAUCCAGGGAGCAUGACUCUGAUGAUCCUUACGAGUCCCUUCCAACCCAAACUACUCAAUGAUCCCAUAUUGUGUGGACACCACAAAAAAAGCACAGGGAUGUACAAUGAGCCCAAGCACAGAGCAAGUAACUCAACAAACUAUGGAAGUUACUGUAAGAAAACAGACCAAAGUGUAUCAAAGACUAUGAGGUCAUCAGCACUGAGGUGAUUAAAAGUUGACUUCGUUUGUGUUUCUUCUUUCUCUCCCUAAUUACAUGUUAAUUGGCAGGGGAAAUUCAGAACUCUCUGCUAAGAUUUACCAGGCAGAUUAUAAAUAUCACCUGGUCCCCACAGCGCCCAGUCCCUGCCUGGAAACAAGCAGAAGGCGGGUGAGUAUUGAGGGCUGGGGCAGAACUUGACUGGUCUUGAGGCUCACACUCUCCCUGGACAUGCCUUGCCCUCCCUUCUUUCUGCUGCCUGCACCUCUCCCACACAAGUGACCACGGCCCCAGGGCAAUUUCUAGAGGCUCUUGCCAGGUCACCAGCACUGCCCUGUCUGUGCUGCAGGGCUUCUCAAGCAAUCCCUUUUCCCCACCUAUUGGGAAAAUCCCAGGAGCUGAGCCAUGUUUGGGGGCUGAGUGAGCUGCAGUCUUUGCAGGAGAGGAAUGGGCACAGCCAGAGCACUGUGUUGGAGGGGGGUUCUCCAAAUCCAGUGGCACUGCCUCAGGGCUUUGCUCUCAAAUUGGAUGUUGCCCACCCAUGGCAAAUACCCAGUACCUCUACGUACACGAGCAGGCAGCGUGCUUCAGAACAAAGCUUCUGCAGAGCUGGAGGGUUGCUGGUAAUCACUUUGCAUCCAGUCUGUGCCUACUUCCAGGCUUACUUUGGAUUGCCUUGCAUCUGCAUCUGUAACCAUACGUUUUGCUUGCUCCAAGAGCACUCGGAAAGUGGCACAGACGGGGACACUUGUAAGUGGGAACUGACAGGACACUUGUGGGAAAAGUGCUCUCCUGAACCAGUGCAAGCAGACUGUCCCAGGGCUGGCUCUCCUGAACUUCUAAAACCACCACAUCUCCCUGCAGUCUGUGUUUGCUGCUGACCACAGCAUCUGGAGGGUGUUGGAUGCUUUGCUACAGGAUGAGAGAGCACUCAGGGUAAGCAAGAGACAAGAAGGGCUUCAUGUCUUCUGUGAACUCCACUGGAUCAUCCUAUCCCCCCACCUUCCUCCUGGUUGGCAUUCCUGGGCUGGAGAAGGAGCAGUUCUGGAUUGCUUUCCCCUUCUGCAUCAUGUACGCCAUAGCUGUGCUGGGGAACAUCAUCCUUCUCAUCAUCAUCAAGACAGAGUCAAGCCUGCAUGAGCCCAUGUACCUCUUCCUGGCCAUGCUGGCCUUCACUGACCUGGUCCUCUCUACAUCCAUACUGCCUAAAAUGCUCAUCAUCUUCUGGCGGGGCUCCAGGGAGAUUGGCUUUGUUUCCUGCCUUGUUCAGUUGUUCUUUGUCCACAGCUUCACAACAAUAGAGUCGGGCGUGCUCGUGGCCAUGGCCGUGGAUCGCUAUUUUGCCAUUUGCCAUCCCCUGCGGCACUCCACCAUCCUCUCCAUGCCGGUGGUGGCAGCUCUCGGGAGCCUGGUGCUGCUGCGUGGAUUCCUCAUGGUGGGUCCUGCCUGCUUCCUUCUCCAUAAGAAGGCCUUCUGCCAGCAUCGUGUCAUCUCCCAUUCCUACUGUGAACACAUGGCCGUGGUGAAGCUGGUAUGCGAGGACACCAGAGUCAAUGCUGCCUAUGGCCUCUCUGUGGCUGUGGCAGUGAUAGGUGUUGACCUUACACUGAUCACUGUGUCCUACACUAUGAUCCUGCGGGUGGUACUGAAGCUGUCAGCCUCAGACACACAGCUCAAGGCCUUUAACACGUGUGUAUCCCACAUCUGUGUCAUCCUUGCGUUUUAUGUCUCUGGCCUCUUCACAUUCCUCACACACCGCUUUGGACACAGCAUCCCUCAGCACAUCCAUAUAUUGGUGGCUGAUAUCUACCUACUGUUACCCCCCACAUUAAACCCCAUCAUUUACGGGGUCAGAACCAAACAACUGAGGGACAGGAUAGUUGUCCUCUUCCAGCGGAAGGGAAUCUGACCCGUGCCUGUCUGCCAUACACCGAGCUCGUGAUUUAUAGGGAACCCUGGUCAGUUUACUGAGUUAACACUGUGAUUCCUUGUUCAGGGAGAACUUCUUCCUUAAUGCAUGGAGCACUCAGAGAGCAUUCUUGCAGAGAUCUCUAGAUUUUCCUUUCCACUUCAGCAGUAAGUGUCACGAGCAGAGUGUUCUUGGACUACGUGAAAUUAAAUCCUUUAAGAAAAAUCAGAAUUUCUGUCUGAUGACAUAAAACAUGUUUUACAAAGCCACUGCUGGGUGUGUGGGAAAGGUAGGAGGCUGAAUGCAGUGAAGCUCACAUGGGGACCCAAAUUCAAGUGUUGAACCUGCAACUUUUUACAGACCUCUGCUCUGAGGGCAGUGUGAGCAGUGUUACCAGGUGCAGAAGACAUCUCUGACCUGGCCUGGCACUGCUUGGACUCUCUGUCUUUUCAGCAGCCCUGACAAUGGGGGCUGCCCAUGGGGAGGCUCUGCUCCGUGCUCUGUGUCUGAGCUGGAUACCAGUGGAGAGGCAGGAAAUGGGCCCCAGAAGGAAAGAUACACUCAUGCCGAGGGAAGGUAAUGGAACAAGCAGCAGAGUAGAGGAGAAAUGAAGAUUGUCAGACCCAUUUCUGGAGAAUACUCAAAUUUCAGCUCCCCUCAUUCUUUUCCUCGGGCAGAACAGAAGCAGUGCUUCACAGACCACUGGCAUUUUUCUGGGCUGCUUUUUGCUUGACUGCGUUAGAUAAUUUCAGAUAACUUGGUUAGUGCCACUGUGGUGCUGAAGUGACCAUUAGUUCCUACAGAAACUAUGUGCACGUGUCCUGCAGAGCUCGUUGCCCUCAGAGCCUUUUACUGUCAAGGGACAGUAAGCUCCAUUCAUUAGGCUGGGACUGACUUCAGGGUGAGAUUAGCGGCCUUUUGGCAGUACCUGUUCCUUCUGUGGCUGUGGGCUCCAGACACCAGGCUGUAAUUCAGGUACUGUACAGCAGGCAGUGCACCCAGGUGAGGGGAACGGGGCCUUUAGGGAAGAACAAUCCUUGCCUGUGCUACAUCUUGGCAAGGUGGGUAUGCAGGACUGCCAUCUUCUUUCCUCAUCGUGCAGAAAUAUAUCCCUUGCAAAACAGAGCACAGGUUUGUUAAAUUCCAGAGCUCUCUUGUCUCUGGGAGAGCGGUUUGGUACUUGUUUGAUUCCUAUCUACUGGGGAAUAGCAUUUGCACUUGUACAUAUGAGGACAGUCAAAAACAUCUGUGCUUGGGCUAGCAGAUGUUCCCAGCUGGUGAAUGCCUUUUGGACACUGGACACUGUUGGACAGUGCCAAACAAUAUGUUGCAGUGCUGUCUGGUGGGAAGGCACUCCUAUCGUGCCUUGCUGCCAAAGCUAUUUUCGGGGAAGAGAAAGAGCACGUAGUCUGCAUAUCCCUUUAUUGAAGGAAAGAAAUGUGAUAUGAAAAAGAGAGGUAGGGAGAGAAUGAGAAUGAAGCUCACAGCCAGAUGCAAAACUCACAGCAGGGAUCUGGGAACCUUGCUCAUACAGAAGAGUGAACCAUACUCUUAUAUUUGUGCAAGGGAUUCAUCUGACAAUCUCAGCUGAGCUGAUACUCAGUACUCUCAGAGCACAGUACUUCAUCUCUCCGUCCUUGCACAGUGCAAGGACUGGUGAUCUCCUGGUUAGCUGUUGGGAUCCCACUGUCACUCUGGAAAUACAGAUGAGUUCUGCCCCUUUAGGACUUGAUGGCUUUAAGUUACUCCAUGCACCAGUGACCUCUGGAGCCAUAUAUUCCUGUGGGUCUGACAUGUCAGCGCAUUGAGUCCUCACAGUCCGGUAAAUCCUAUUUUCCCUUCCUCCAUUUUUAAUGGGGGCAGGGUCUCUCCAGUUCUGGUGACUGUAUUCAUUACUCAGUUCUUUUGGAUUCCUGAAAACUGAGGCUCUUACUCUGAUCUGCCAGGGACCAAAAUGAGAAAGUCUUGUGCCUUCCCAUCAGUUUUAUCUUUCCCACUGACCAAAAAAUGGAAAUGGAACAGCAGAGUUUUCUGGGAGCUGCAGUACACCUCUUUUCUUCUGAGACUCCCAGUGCACUCCAUGAUACAAUGAUGUGGAACACAAUUCACUCACUCACUGUUGCUCUCUGCACUUCCAUGCAGUUACCUCCCCUGGGCUGGCAUAUGACAAGAGUGCACUCUGUAGAAACUUCGACUACACAGAUGAUGUGUGCUUGGUGCUAUCUGGAGUUUGGGUAACUGCUCAUUGUCCAGGUCGCUAUAUACCACCUCCAGCUCACUCCACGGUGGUCCAAUUGCCUGGCUGGCACAUAAUAACUUCCAUGUAGGGACGCCUCUCCUUCCACUCUCACAGGAGUUAUGUCCAGAGGGGGAGGGAUUUCUCCAGAAGUCCCGCUAGCUACUAGAUUUCAGGCUCUGGUGUGGGAGAAAGAAGUAGUUAUGGAAAGCAGCUUAGAAUUGGAAAGGGGUGAUGAUACAA